CCCCAAGGCCCGGGCCGCAGUGGUCCCCCGACCCCCAGCGCCUGCUGGGGCCUUCCGAGAGAGCACCGGCAGAGGCACUGGCAUGAAAUACAGGUAUGGAGGUGGCCGGGCAGCCUGCCCCAUCUGUUUCCCUUUCCUGACCCCUGAGGCUUCCCGGGAUGCCGCCAGGACCCCCUCAAACUUCACUAAGAAGGUCCCGGCUCAUUCCAUCUCUUUUUUCACAUCACCAGCACUCUCUUACUUGGUCCCUCUCUUGGUCUCCAUCGAUAGCCCUGACUGGGAGAAAUUCAAGUUUACCAAGGUUGAUCAGGUCAUGUAAGACCCGGGGGAUGCUCCUGCGCUUCCUUCCUUACCUCCAGGAAAGCCAGGGAUGCACGGAUCUCCAGGCUGCGCCCCCCACUCCACACUUCACCCCCACCUGCCAUGGAGUGUCCUUGGGUCGGUGUCCUGGGAAGAAGGAGAAGGAAAAGGCUUUUCACUCUGGCCUGCUCAGGGAACCUAGGGAAGUCUGGUCUUCGGGUAUCCUGUCUUGGCCUAGGUACCUGGGUCACAUUUGGUUCUCAGAUCUCAGAUGAGACAGCAGAGGAUGUGUUGACAGUAGCCUAUGAACAUGGUGUAAACCUGUUUGACACAGCCGAAGUGUACGCAGCUGGAAAAGCUGAAAGAACCCUAGGCAACAUCCUCAAGAGCAAAGGCUGGAGGAGAUCAAGCUAUGUCAUCACCACCAAGAUUUUUUGGGGAGGACAGGCAGAAACUGAGCGAGGCUUGAGCCGCAAACACAUCAUUGAGGGCUUGAGAGGAUCUCUGGACCGUCUCCAGCUGGGAUACGUGGACAUCGUCUUUGCUAAUCGCUCAGACCCCAACAGUCCCAUGGAGGAGAUUGUGCGAGCCAUGACCUAUGUCAUCAACCAGGGCCUGGCCCUAUACUGGGGAACAUCCCGAUGGGGGGCUGCAGAAAUCAUGGAGGCCUACUCCAUGGCCAGACAGUUCAAUCUGAUUCCUCCAUUGUGUGAACAAGCAGAGCACCAUCUGUUUCAGAGAGAGAAGGUGGAGAUGCAGCUGCCAGAGCUCUACCACAAGAUUGGUGUUGGCUCAGUCACCUGGUCCCCUCUGGCCUGUGGCCUCAUCACUAGCAAGUAUGAUGGGCGAGUCCCAGAUACCUGCAGAGCCACCAUCAAGGGCUACCAGUGGCUCAGGGACAAAGUGCAGAGUGAGGAUGGCAAGAAGCAACACGCCAAAGUUAUGGACCUUCUCCCCAUCGCUCACCAGCUGGGCUGCACUGUGGCACAGCUUGCUAUUGCAUGGUGUCUCCGCAGUGAGGGUGUCAGCUCGGUCUUGCUGGGGGUGUCCAGUGCAGAGCAGCUGAUAGAACAUCUGGGCGCCCUACAGGUGCUGAGCCAGCUGACCCCGCAGACGGUGAUGGAAAUAGACGGGCUCCUGGGUAGUAAACCGCAUUCCAAGAAAUAGUCAAUCGAGGGCGCAAGGACCCAAACCCGGAGCCGCUGCACCCCGCCGACACAGAACUACUUCCCGGCAGCUGCCUCCUUCGCACCGGAUCCCUCCACGCAGCAUGCAGCGGCCAGAGCCAGAGUGGCCCCGCCCACUAACGAGUUCCGGCUUCGAGUAGUGAUAGCAUGAACAAAGCCAUAUCCUUCCGCACUGGGGCUUGAGAGGGAAUGUAAUCCGCCGCCCCAUGCUGCGUUCUCCUAGACCUUCUUGCUAAUCCUAGGCAUGAGCUUCUGGACUGUCCCCUCUCUGCCAUUUGGUCUCGCUCACUUCUCUCUCUCUUACCCCAAUCGCCGAGGCGCAUUAAAAAAAACCAACAACACGGCAGAUAUAAGAAACAUGCAGAGUAUCUCAAAAGUGGCCCCUGAAAUAUCAUAAAGUGAUAAUAACCUAAUAAGUGAGUUCUGAUAUCAUCUGGGACAGAGGAAAAUGAAGCUCUUAAGUUGUUCAGCACAAAGGAAGCCAGGCUGGUCCUGGCAGGAAGUAAAUGAUAAUCUUUGGGAAACAAGGACCCUGCCUUCCAGCCAGGAGAUGGAAGAAGGCUGAAAACUAAAAUUAAUAUUAAUUCUUAGUUUCUGCCGAGAGGGGGUAGGGGUGGGGAAUGCAGUAACACAGCACUGGCAAAGGUAAAGGGAAAUUUGAUGGCAGAUGUAUAGCUUGAACAGGGUGGCCCUUGGAAAACACAGUUGGGCUGUGCUUUGCAGGAAAUAGUGACAGCCUUUAGAUCACAGCAGAUAUGGGGCUGACACAUAAGGUCUGGGGAUAGACUUUUGAGCCUUGAGCAGGACUUCCUACCUGCCAGUGAAGGACUGCAGUUUUCCUGUUGGCAAUAAUCUUAAAGCAAUAAUGAUGGCUCCUCUUCUAUAAGACUUCCCAGGGAAUUGUAAAUAAAAAUCUCAGCUUGAUCCUCACUAA